AGGAUGGCCAUGAGAUGCUGAAAGGAAACGUUGGCUCUAGGGGCACCCACAGCCAGAGGGAGCCCAGACUGAAAAAAAAAAUGAACCUCAGCCCAGACUGAACAGCACACAUCAUCAAGAGGAAGAAGUCUCUAUUUUCUUACCUUUUAACCCAGAGAAGAUGCCAUGCGAAGGCUGUAUGGAGAGGGACAAUGUGAGCAGUGGCGCAACCAUGGAGUUCAUCCUGCUCGGCUUCUCUGAGCUGCUCCAUCUGCGGGUCCUGCUCUUCUUUACCUUCCUCAUUGUUCAUUUGGUCACACUGGCAGGGAAUAUGAUGGUCUUCAUAGCGGUGGUGAGGGAGCCCUCACGUCCCCCCAUGCUUUUCUUCCUCGGGCAACUCUCUGCUGUGGAGUUGUGCUACACUUUAGUCCUAGUGCCCAAGGCGCUGCUCAGCCUAGCAGUGGGUGGCAGCCCCAUCUCCAUGCCAGGCUGUGCCGCACAGAUGCACUUCUUCGUGGCCCUUGGCGGCACCGAGUGCUUCCUGCUGGCAGCCAUGGCCUACGACCGCUACGUGGCCGUCUGCCAGCCCCUGCGCUACGCGGCCCUCAUGGGCGAGGGGCUGUGCCUGCGCCUGGCUCUGGCCUGCGCCCUGGGAGCCUUCGCUGUGGCCCUGGGCCUGACGGUGGCCGUGUUCCGCCUGCCCUUCUGUCAGCCCCGCCGCAUCGACCACUUCUUCUGCGAUGUGCCCGCCGUGCUGCGCCUGGCCUGCGCGCAGGGCUACGCCGCAGAGCUGGCCCUGCUGGCGGCCUGCGUGCUCCUCCUGCUGCUCCCCUUCCUGCUGAUCCUGGCCUCGUACCUCUGCAUUGCUGUGGCUCUGUUAGGUGUCACCUCCCCAGUGGGAAGGGGCAAGGCCUUUUCCACCUGCAUUUCGCACCUGGCCAUCACCUUACUGCACUAUGGCUGUGCCACCUUCAUCUAUAUUCGGCCCAAGUCCAGUUACUCACCUGCUCGGGACAAGGUGGUGUCUCUGGUCUACACCAACGUUACUCCUUUAAUGUAUCCCCUCAUUUAUAGCCUGAGGAACAAGGAAAUCAGAGGGAUCCUCAGGAAAAUGCUGAGGAGGAAGAAAAUAGGUGGACUGGGAUACUAUCAGAGUUGUGAUGUGUGUGUGUGUGGUAAAUUUUAGUAGAGCAAACACAUUCUUGUUGGGAAAAAGCCCCAUAACCAGAUCAUCAUUGACUUCACUAAGGCAAAUAUCCAGGCAGAAUUCUACAUGCAUCACUACAUUUAUGAGAAAAUGAUAUCUCUGCUCAAAAAAAAAAAAAAAAAUCCCCAGCAUAACGCUUGAUCUAAAGGAAAAUGCUUUAGUGAGUUGUGAGGAUGAAGAGCUUUGAUCAGUCACUGGUCUCGCUUCUCUGAUCACAUACAUAUUCAGUCUUACAUUCAUAGUCAUGCCAGCACAAUUAGAAGAUCAACACAAAAGUUUUGAAAGCUAAUAAACCAAUAUUAAAGUAUUGGUUUUGUUAUUUUUCUAUCAAGAUGACAGCAGAAAUUGGGUAGUCAGUACAAAUUUUAGCCUGGUAAGUUUACCAGCACAAUAAAUCUGUAGGGCUUAAAGGAAGGUUAGAAGAAGAAAGACCAUGGCUAGAAAAAAGGGUAAAAUAGCUGUGGUUUUCUCCAAAUUUAGUAGAAGGCUGCACUCUGGCAUCCCAUGACAAAUGGAAAGAUUGUUAGUGUAAACUCAUCUAACCUUG